AUGACAUCACUACUAGAUCUAUCUGAGGAUGUGAUAAUCGAAAUAGUUCAAUGGCUAUGUCCAAAAGCAAAAGAGUAUACCCCAGACUAUUGUUUCUCUCAAAAUUCCAUUGCAUUUGAAAACAAGGCAUUCGGAGAUCUAGUGCUGCUUUCAUCAACUUGUCAAGUGCUUAGGAGAAUAUUGGGUGGGAAAUUGUUUUCUAAUGUUUCUCUUGUUCGUUUUAAUGAGGCACAAGUGAUUUUACGUGCUCCGAAGAGCGAAUCAGUGGAUAAAGAAGUAGCCAUUUGCCGUAUAUUGCAUGACCUGUUAGCAUUGAAAAGGGGUUUCACUUUUAAUAACUUUGUCCAGUAUUUGGAAGCCCCCGUAUCAGUAAUAUACAAUAAUCCACUGUUCCAAGGUCAGUUUCCAAGACUCAAUGCACUAAAGGUAUAUUCCAAUGGAGAUGAUUUGAAAAAGCAGAAACAACAACAAUUCACUUAUGAAGCGAUUACUCCUUUGGUAAAUCUUGAAUAUAUGAGUUCAAAUGCAUUGAUAAUAUUCAAUGUUCCUUGCUUAUUGGCAUCAGUUGGGUUAGUUAAUCGUUUGGAUCUUCUUAUAGAUUUAUCAGAGCUUACACCUAAUACUGAAAUUGCAGCAAUUACACAGGCAAUCGAGGAACAUGAGAAGGACCGUCUAGUUGAACUUAAUUUAUUUGUGACUAGCAUUGAGGCAUUGAAGCAACAAGAGAUACUUUCCUUAAUAAUCGCUGCUUCACCACUGUUGGAAAAAUUAACUAUACGUACGGUAAGAAAAUCCCAUUUGUUUGUACCAAAGUCAGAAUGGGGUGUGGGUUCGGUUACUGGGAAUGACAUUCUUGGUUUAAUAACUCAAACAUGUAAAAAGUUGAAGCUGUUGGCAGUUAGUGAUGAGUUAUUCACGUGUUUCCAAUUUGUUCUUCCUGGAGUACGUUGUCGUCGAACCGCUCCUCUACAUUUAACAUACGUUAGAAGACCCCCAACUUCAUUUGCAUUCCAAGGACAAGAUAAUUUGGUGGCGUUCACUGUAGGUGUUGGGGCCACCAGUUUCCACUUGCUGUAUUUUGAGACGGAGCUUCUGCGACAUCACAACCAGAUGGAUUUCCUACUCGUGUUACUAAGUAUGGUUUCCUUGGAAUACUGUUAUCAAGAUUUGAAAAAGGUAUCGGUAGAGAAUUGUUGGUCAUAUGAAAAUGAUAGUAUGAUGAGGGCCAAAUUUGAGAAUCAAGUUGAUAAUUCAAACUUAACAGACGAAAGAAUAAAAGGUAUUCAUCGUCAACUUGCAAUGAUUCAUCCUUGGACUCGUCUUGCACUGAACACACCUUACCACAAACAGAAGGAAGAGUAUUCUGUUGUGUAUUGUGCCAAGGGACUGGAUCAAUAUACUGAAAUCUUGAAUCAAUUAUGGAGACUCAUGCCUGGGUUGAUGGCAAUGAUCUUAGCUUCUUCAAAUUCUCCUCUUCCCUUGGUGCGACCAUUAUUGGGGACUCCAGAGAUGGAUAAAUGGAGAAGAGAUUUUUGGGGAGUUGAAACCUCGCUAUUGGAACUAGAGCACUAUUGUCUAAGAGAUAGACAGAGGAGUAGUUUAUGGGACUCCUGA